AUGUACUUCCUCAACGUCACCGCGUACCUCUUCGACGGCGCGACGCCGGCGUCCACGCCGAAGCCCGACGAGGACUGCGUCAUCUUCUUCAACCCGACCGACGAGGCCGUGCGGCAGGAUAUGGCGGUGGACCUGAUGACGAGCGUGGAGGCGACGAAUGACCCCCUGGCGUCAUGA